UUAACCGCCCGUUGGAGACGUUAGCAUCCAUCUCGAUAUCGUGUUGAUUUCGUCCACCAUAGACAUGCCUAGCUGCCGAUAACAACCAUAGUAUGUCCCGCUCUACUACACCCGCUUAUCAAUUGCGCCGUCCGGCCCUCAACAUCUCCUCGGACCCUGCCUCGUCAACCACGUCUCGCGCAGGCACACCGUCGUCUUCGAACACAGCCGCAAAGCAAGUGGUCUCGCUUGACGAGUGGGAGAGUAAAUCACCCCUGAACGGCGAACAGAUUGGAAGUAUAGGAACUGUAAAAGCAAGGUUUGGGGAGAGAGAUUUGCCAGAGAAGUUUAAGAACGAAGGGUCGUCAGUCAGUACGCCGGUUCUUGGUAACCAUCUCUAUCCUCCAUCAUCAUCACGAGGCCCUUCAUUACCCAGUACUCCUGUUCCAAAAGUUUUAUCUUCAUCGAUGAUUAUUCCCUCUCCAUUAUAUCCUAAGUUGAUCAGUACUCCUCAACAAUUCCUCGACCACUUUACACAACUUACAUUGUCGACCGAGCAUGAACAAGAUUCUCUUUACCGCGAUCACUUGUCAGAGAUCGUAGGGCUGAAAGAGAGAUGUAACGGACUGAUAGAACUCUUGGAUGCCGGCGAAAUGGAAGUGAAAGAGAUGGAAAAAUGUCUAGCGUAUGUGGAAGAACGAAGUGAGAGCCUAAGAGGUGCUUGUGAGGAUCUCCUCGAAGAGCAGACCCAUCUCCUCACACAUACAUCCCAACUGGCACAUCGUUUGACGUUCUUUACCUUCCUUGAGAGUGCUACUCGUAUGCUCAACAAUCCCGGAAAUGAUCUCGUCCUUAAUCCUCAAUUCUUGCCAAUGGUCAAGCGAUUGGAAGAAUGCCUCACGUAUCUUGGCGAGCACAGAGAUUUCAAAGAUGCUGAGGUGUAUCUUUUACGGUACCAGCAAUGUAUGACUAGAAGUAUGGCCUUGAUUAGGUUGUACUUCGUUGGUGUUAUCAAGAAUCUUAGCCAGGAAGUGGGACGACGUCUAGCGGAUCAGUCCUUAUCAGAAACAGCCACACAAGCCUUUAUUUACACCAAAUUCAUAUCUCUAUCCGCUACACUUCGGCCCUUAUUGGCGGAACUGGAACAGCGUGUCGCCUCAAAUCCCGAUGAGCUCGGGUCACUUCUCGUAGAAUGUCAUACGGCGUAUCUAACCACAAGGAAAAACUUGAUGGGUCAACGAGUUAAUGCCGAAAUUGGGAGGAUGGAUCCAGACAAGAGCGACUUGGUCGAUCUGGCGAGAUCGGGAUGUAGCUACUUGAAGCAGACUUGCACAGAUGAGUUCAACCUAUUCAAACAUUUCUUCCUGUCUGGUGAAUCUCAGCUCUAUGGUUUCCUUGAGAGCCUCUGCGAUUAUCUCUACGACCACCUUCGCCCAAGAAUUCUGCAUGAGCCGUCUCUUCAGGUUCUUUGCGGAGUGUGCACAGUCCUCCAAGCGCUGAUGGUCCGCGAGGUCACCGAUGAAGAAGAUGACGAAUCAGCGAUCUUUACCCCGUCAUCCAGCCCAGGAUCAUUACAUUAUCCCGGUAGCGACGAUUACUUCUCAUCUAGACCUCGAAUGUAUCGAUCCGGUUCUUCCCGUAACAUCCUUCACUCUCGUUCACAGUCCAUCCGGCGGGUAUCGAGCUACGGUUCGCAUCGGUCGAGAUCUGCAUCUCCGACUGCUCUUCUAUCGCCCAGCACGCGUGCCGCAAUGGUUAAGUCGAGAAAGAGGAAGCCGUUAGCUCGGUUGCAUAUUGAAGUGCUGUUGCGCAUGGUGCUGCAAGAUGCACAGACGAGGCUUGUCUUCAGAGCUCAAGCGCUGCUCAGUGCAGACGUGGAGUACUAUGUACCGAAGGAGGGGGAUUUGGACUACCCCGAGAGGCUCAAGCUAGGUUCGCAAGGUAACAAGCUCGUUCCUAGGCAAAUGGCGGUAUCGUUGGAUGCCGAAGACGAUGAUGAACCAGCCAUUCUUGAGUUACCUCCUCCAGAAGCUCAAAAGAGUUGGUAUCCUUCUCUGAGAGUGACUCUUUGGGUCUUAUCCUGUUUGCAUACCUAUGUUGAUGCCGUGGUUUUCGAGGAUCUUGCUCAGGAAGCGGUAACCAUGUGUCGUCGUUCUCUCUCUUCUGCUUCCGAUAUGCUGGUAGCUAAGAAGGGUAAAAACAAGAACAUGGACGCUAAAAUGUUUUUGGUGAGGCAUCUCUUGAUCCUGAAAGAAAUGACGACUGGAUUGGAGUUGGGCAAAGCGAGGAGACAAGAAUGGAGUGGUCUUGGAGACUUUCUGAAGUCCUUACUUGACAAUGCUUCUUCUCUCUUGGGCUAUCAACGAGUUACCGCUCAAUCCAACUUCGUCCCCGACGCUCGAACCGACAUUGAUCGCGCCCUCAAAGCAGCAUGUGAAGAUCUCAUCUCUCUUGUCGCAACACGUGCAACCUCUCCUUUGCGCGCUUUUCUUGAUAAAUGUACGGCUUACAUCGCGAAGUCGGCAGCAUCGUCAAGUUCGGCCAAGACCGACUUAUCGGCACAGGAAUUUGCAACUUCUGAAAAGGUGAAGGAAGUGCAUGAGGAAUUCAAGUCAGUUUGCACCACGGAAGUGGAGGAGUGGAAGAAGGAAUUGAGGAUGUAUUUAUUAGAUGAAGACACCGUUGCGGUGUUAAUCCCUCCAGCCUAUAACGCGAUUGUUGAUGGCUAUCGACAAUUCCACGACCUUGUCAGAGCCGAGUAUGACUUUAGCACUGCGGCAGGGAUUAUGAGACCGUCAGGAGUGAUGGGUAUGCUUGAAACGGCUUCGUAGAGACAGCAGGAAAAAUGCAAUCAUUUACGUAAUAUGACGAACGUGUCACAGGCACGAGCGCCCGACCAAACCCCUUGACGGACAUUGGCCAAUCUCCGGUGGAGCACG